AUGUUCAACAAGAAACCACGAAGAAACUUUAGGUAAAGGAAAGGAGAAUCGAGCGAUGAAGAUGAACAGAAGAACGGAGAGGGUGAUGACAUAAGUAAAACACAAGUUACCGCUGAUAGCAUAAAGCCCUCCAAGUUGCCGCAGAACAAGUCGGACUCGAGUGGUGCUGAAGACGUAGUGGAAGAUAGUGGACCGUUCGCUGUUACUAGACCGCCUAACAGCAAAGAGAACAAGGAUGGACGAAAGAAUAAAGAAAACGUGCUCAGCUUCUCUGACGACAAAGAAGGUAUGCUUUUACUUUUAUUUUUAUUUUAUUUUAUAAAUGUAAGCACCAUAGACUGUCACCCAGUACCUGGGCUCCUCAAGCCAAGGUACUGGUUCACAUAGACUGUAAAAAUAAGGUAAGUACAGGCCCCAGACAUUUCAAAUGUCAUUAAAUUUACUGUACGGUGGGCGGUGCAUCUACAUUCUUAUAUGGCUUCCCUCCUUGUGCCUUCUUACUUUGUAUUGAUCUGAAAACACAGGACAGAUGGCAGCAUUAUGUAAAAUAUCUACCAGGAUAUAUAUGUAUAAUAUCUUCCAGGAUUUUAUUUUCAGCUAUCCAGUUCCAUAGUGCAGGUGGAGGAAAGGAGAGGAACAAGGAGAGGGGUGAAUCAAUUGUAUUUCCUUGAUUCCUCACGUCGUCUGUCUUUGCCUCUUCAAAACACAUUGGAAGAGAAGAUCAGAGGGACCUCAGAUCUUCUGCUCCUAAUGUUUUGACACGGAGACGAGGAGGGAGGAUAUGAGGAAUCAAGAGAAUACAUUUGAGAUUCACCCCUCUCCUUAGCCAUACGGUGCAUUCGGAAAGUAUUCAGACACCUUGACUUUUUCCACAUUUUGUUACGUCACAGCCUUAUUCUAAAAUUGAUUCAAUGGUUUUUUUCUCUCCACAAUCUACACACAAUACCCCAUAAUGACAAAGCAAAAACAGGUUUACAAUAUCUUGCAAAUUUAUAAAUAAAAAAUGGAAAUAUCACAUUUUACAUAAGUAUUCAGACCCUGUACUCAGUACUUUGUUGAAGCACCUUUGGCAGCGAUUACAGCCUCGAGUCUUCUUGGGUAUGAUGCUUCUAGCUCGGCACAGCUGUAUUUGGGGAGUUUCUCCCAUUCUUCUCUGCAGAUCCUCUCAAGCUCUGUCAGGUUGGAUGGGGAGCAUCGCUGCACAGCUAUUUUCAGGUCUCUCCAGAGAUGUUGGAUCGGGUUCAAGUCCGGGCUCUGGCUGGGCCACUCAAGGGCAUUCAGAGACUUGUCCCGAAGCCACUCCUGCAUUGUCUUGGCUGUGUGCUUAGGGUCGUUGUCCUGUUGGAAGGUGAACCUUCGCCCCAGUCUGAGGUCCUGAGCGCUCUGGAGCAGGUUUUCAUCAAGGAUCUCUCUGUACUUUGCUCUGUUCAUCUUUCCCUCGAUCCGGACUAGUCUCCCAGUCCUUGCCGCUGAAAAACAUCCCCACAGCAUGAUGCUGCCACCACCACCAUUCUUCACCGUACCGUAGGCAUGGUGCCAGGUUUCCUCCAGAUGUGACGCUUGGCAUCCAGGCCAAAGAGUUCAAUCUUGGUUUCAUCAGACCAGAGAAUCUUGUUUCUCAUGGUCUGAGAGUCUUUAGGUGACUUUGGCAAACUCCAAGCGGGCUGUCAUGUGCCUUUUACUGAGGAGUGGCUUCCGUCUGGCCACUACCAUAAAGGCCUGAUUGGUGGAGUGCUGCAGAGAUGGUUGUCCUUCUGGAAGAUUCUCCAAUCUCCACAGAGGAACUCUGGAGCUCUGUCAGUGACCAUCAGGUUCUUGGUCACCUCCCUGACCAAGGCCCUUCUCCCCUGUUUGCUCAGUUUUGCUGGGCGGCCAGCUCUAGGAAGAGUCUUGGUGGUUCCAAACUUCUUCCAUGUAAGAAUGAUGGAGGCCAUUGUAUUCUUGGUACCCUUCCCCAGAUCUGUGCCUCGACACAAUCCUGUUUCAGAGCUCUAUGGACAAUUCCUUUGACCUCAUGGGUUGGUUUUUGCUUUGACAUGCACUGUCAACUGAGGGACCAUAUAUAGACAGGUGUGUGCCUUUCCAAAUCAUGUCCAAUCAAUUGAAUGUACCACAGGUGGACUCCAAUCAAGUUGUAAAAACAUCUCAAGGAUGAUCAAUGGAAACAGCAUGCACCUGAGCUAAAUUGCAAGUCUCAUAGCAAAGUGUCUGAAUACUUAUGUAAAUAAGGUAUUUCUGUUUUUUAUUUUUUUAAAUAAAUGUGCAAACAUUUCUAAACCAGUUUUUUUUUCACUUUGUCAUUAUGGGGUAUUGUGUGUAGAUUGAGGGGAAAUAAAUAUUUAAUCAAUUUUAGAAUAAGGCUAUAACGUGAAAAAGUGAAGGGGUCUGAAUACUUUCCAAAUGCACUAUACAUACCAAGGAAGGUCUUACAGGUGUCAAGAUUGGAAAACAAACCCACAUUAUAUCUCUAAAUGCAGAUAAUAUUUUACUAUUGAUUUCUAACCCAGAAACCUCUAUUCCCAUUCUUAUUGACUUAAUUAAGAGAUGUAGCUAUUUUUCUGGCCACAUAAUACAUUUUAAUAAAUCAGAAGCUAUGCCUCUACGGAGCUUGAGUGACAACAACAAUUUGAAUGACUUCCCGUUCAAUUGGACAAAAAAUGGUUUUGUUUAUCUUGGUUUAAACAUUUUGAAGGAACUUUACAACCUGUUUAACGGCUACUUUGCACCUGUACUUAUUAGGGCAGUUAAGGAAGACCUAGAUAGGUGGAUGGACAUGCCAUUUAUCAUGGUUGGGUAGAGUUAAUAUGAUUUAAAAAUUGUUUUCCCCAGACUGUAUCCUCUCCAUUAUAUAUAACGAAAAAUACUUUAAAUUAACUCAAAUACCUGUAAAUCCAAUGUAAAAAUAAAGAAAAACCCUUGAAUGAGUAGGUGUGUCCAAACUUUUGACUGGUCGUGUAGAUUAAAAUGAAAGCAGAAUUGUCUGAUACCUGUUGUAAGGAAAAAGGCACUCAUGGCCAUCUGUUUUGGACUUUAACCAGUACAAAUAGCCAUGGGUCCAUUCUUAUAGGAUAUAUGAACAUGCCCUCCAUCUCCAUUUUGACAUUUUCCCGCAAAACAGCAGUCUCAACGUCAACAGUGAAGAGGCGACUCCGGGAUGCUGACCUUCUAGGCAGAGUUGCAAAGAAAAAGCCAUAUCUCAGACUGGCCAAUAAAAAGAAAAGAUUAAGAUGGGCAGUCUAAGAUAUGGCUUUUUCUUUGCUACUCUGCCUAGAAGGUGAGCAUCCCGGAGUCGCGUCUGACACUGGUGUUUUGCGGGUACUAUUUAAUGAAGCUGCCAGGUGAGGACCUGUGACGUGCCUGUUUCUCAAACUAGACACUAAUGUAUUUGUCCUCUUGCUCAGUUGUGCACUGGGGCCUCCCACUGCUCUUUCUAUUCUGGUUAGAGCCAGUUUGCGCUGUUCUGUGAAUGUAGUAGUACACAGCAUUGUACGAGAUCUUCAGUUUCUUGGCAAUUUCUUGCAUGGAAUAGCCUUCAUUUCUCAGAACAAGAAUAGACUGACGAGUUUCAGAAGAAAGUUAUUUGUUUCUGGCCAUUUUGAGCCUGCAAUCGAACCCACAAUUGCUGAUGCUCCAGAUACUCAACUAGUCUCAAGAAGGCCAGUUUUAUUGCUUCUUUAAUCAGCACAACCGCUUUCAGCUGUGCUAACAUAAUUGCAAAAGGGUUUUCUAAUGAUCAAUUAGCCUUUUUAAAAUGAUAAACUUGGAUUAGCAAACACAACGUGCCAUUGGAACACAGGACUGAUGGUUGCUGAAAAUGGGCCUCUGUACCCCUACAGAGACCCAUGGGGCGGCGCACAAUUGGCCCAGCGUCGUCCAGGGUAGGGGAGGGAAUGGCCGGCAGGGAUGUAGCUCAGUUGGUAGAGCAUGGCGUUUGCAACGCCAGGGUUGUGGGUUCGAUUCCCACGGGGGGCCAGUAUGAUUUUUUAAAAUAAUAAUCUAUAAAAAAUGAUGUAUGUACUCACUAACUGUAAGUCGCUCUGGAUAAGAGUGUCUGCUAAAUGACAAAAAUGUAAAUGUAAAAAUCAGCCGUUUCCAGCUACAAUAGCCAUUUACAACAUUAACAAUGUCUACACUGUAUUUCUGAUCAAUUCUAUGUUAUUUUAAUGGCCUAUAAAAAAUUUACAAGGACAUUUCUAAGUGACCCGAAACUUUUGAUCGGUAGUGUAUGUACAAUUUGUGUUUGACGUUGACCUGAAACAAGAAAUUAUAUAAUGAAGAAUAUAUAUGUAUCUAAAAAUAGAAAAUACAAUUGAGAUCGAUUUUCCUAUCUCGAGGUUAAAUAAAAAUAUUACUAUAUUAAGUGCCAAAUAAAGUAACCGCGUUGACUGUAUCAGGGUUGAUGAUUUCAUCUUAAGUCAUCCAUGAAUCCCCUUGUGACACGGGGAAUGGAAGCUUGUUGUGUGCAACAGGGAGGGGCAAUUGAAUUCAAGCUUUACAAAAAAAAUUGCCUGUCUAUCUAUGGGUAACUGGGUUGAUGUGUUAUGCUCAACCCGCUAAGUUUUCUACCACAAAACACCAGAAAAUUGCCAAAAAGAGUAGAACCAGCUCACCUGCUUUUACACUGAUUUGACCAUUUACAUGUUGAAGAUGUUUCUCUGGAAAAAAAUAUUUGAAAAGGAUUAAUUUGCCCAUAUUAAAACGAGAGUUCAGUUCACGCAACAAGGUUGACCUUAAAAUGGACAGGUGUAAAUAAAUCACUAAUCACAUGAAAUAAAUAAUAAUCUUUAGAAAUGACUUUGUCAAAGCAACAAACUAACUAGGGCUUUACAAUGAUGGAGACAUUUGGGGUUAAAUGGGUUCAAAUCAAGUCACAGAGGGUGCACGGAGGGACGUCAACAUACUGCAUUUUGGCCUUUUAGCAAGUAUUUUUAUAUACAAAAUCUGUUUUAUUGAAUUCUCCAUGUGGUCUAUGUUAAAGGGCACUUCAUUUAAUAUAACAGGCUUUUCAAAAUGCAAUAUUGGUGUACAAUUUCUACUGACAUUUCAAAGAGACGCAAAAGGCACUCUUUUCGUGGAACGACCCAACUCUUCUUUUCUUCCUCUUCCCAUUUGAAGGAUCUGGGAUCAAACUGAAGAAAUGGUCAGAUAAAGCUGUGGUCUUCCAAGCCAGGAGGAAGGAGGCUUCCCCUGCAAAGACUUCCCGUCCUAAUGGUAAGCACAACAUUGGCAUUUAUUGUCAAAUCGUCUACUACUACAACCACAAAUAAUCUUAGACGAGAGACACCAUAGUCACAGACAUAAAAACACAAUUUCUUUAUGAUCACCUAUCUAUAUUGUUGUAAAAACACACCACUGUUUAGGCUACAUGAUUGAUCUCUCUAACCAUGUCUCGGUGUUGACCCCAGCCAGGAGAGAUGUGACUGUGGUUGCAUCCCCGAAAGAGAGGACCGGUAGCGACGUGUCCGGGGAAGAACUGUCCCCAGAGAGCGAUGGAGACGCCAAGUCAACCACAUCCAGCUCUGCCUCCUCCAUGUCAUCCAUAUUCUCAAAGUCUUCCAGAUCCUCCAAGUCCUCCACUCAGAAACAUAAACCAGGUCAGUCACGCAGAUAGCUCGCUCUCCAAAGCAAAGGCUGCAAUUAAUUAAGUAAACAAAAUCUAAGUGCAAGAAUAAUUCCAUGCACAGUAUUAUCAAGAGUGAGUUUGUCACCAGUUUUUUUUUUUUUUGCAUCCACACCUGUCUUUGCAAGAGACCUGUCUUUGCAAGAGCGUUCUGAACGAUGUCCCUUGUGUCGUUGUGUGUAGUGGUGAUCCCGGACUCGAGGAGGAUCCAGGCAGCUAGGAGGCAGCGUCAGAAGGCCAGAGCCCAGAAAGACUACUUCUCCCUGGGAAGGGAUGGGGAGAGCUCCCCCCGGAACCCAGACCACGAGGACCUGGAGGAACGCAGCGAUGAAGGUGAUGAGGAUAAGCCAGAUGACCAUGAGAGAAGGAUCAAGUUUGCCCCGCGGUCCAAAACCAUCAGGGAGAGGAUAGCAGAGAAGAUGGGUAAGAGAGGAGGGGAACAGAAUGGUCUAUGGUUUUGUUCUCUCGGAUGACAGUUUUAGCUUUUUUUUACUUACUUUUUUCUAACCAUUAGGCUAAUGCAUGGAUAAUAAACAGACAAUCUUUAAUCAAACCCCAGAAUGAUAUAUGCGUCGGUUAUAGAAAGUGGCGUGAGAGUUGUAGCUGAACUAACACUGAGUAUACCAAACAUUAGGAACACCUUCCUAAUAUUGAGUUGCACCCCCCCCCCCCCCCCUUUUGCCCUCAGAACAGCCUCAAUUCAUCAGGGCAUGGACUCUACAUGGUGUCGAAAGCGUUCCACUGGGAUGCUGGCCCAUGUUGACUCCAAUGCUUCCCACAGUUGUGUCAAGUUAGCUGGAUGUCCUUUGGGUGGUGGACCAUUGUUGAUGCACACGGGAAACUGUUGAGCGUGAAAAACCCAGCAGCAUUGCAGUUCUUGACACAAACCGGUGUGCCUGGCACCUACUACCAUACCCCGUUCAAAGGCAGUUAAAUAUUUUGUCUUGCCUAUUCACCCUCUGAAUGGCACAUACACAAUCCAUGUCUCAAUUGUGUCAAACCUUAAAAAUCCAUCUUUAACAUGUCUCCUCCCCUUCAUCUACACUGAUUUGAAGUGGAUUUAACAAGUGACAUCAAUAAGUGAUCAUAGCUUUCACCUGGUCAGUCUAUGUCAUGGAAAGGGCAGGUGUUCAAAAUGUUUUGUAUACUCGGUGUAAAUCACAGCUACUUUGACUGAGUGUAAAACAACUGAUUUCAGCACCAUGUUUUUAGUCCUUGUUGUGUUGGUACAGGAGGUAGUGAGUGUCUUUCUCGCUGUAUUUCUGUAUAUGGCUCUGUCGCUCACUCCCUGCUUGUGUUAAUACUGGAGGGAGUGAUGGUGAUGAUAGUGACUCUGACCAGGAAAGAGAGGAUAAUAACCUGUGGGAGGAGCAACAGAUUGGGAAGGGAGUCAAGUGACACCCUGGAGAACAGGUAAGAUACUGACCCCUCUACUUUCUAAGUCACAUACAAACACACAUCACUCAUCUCUCUCUCACGCCAUCACCUCACCGCCUCUACCUCAAUCACCUUACCACCUCUCUGUCUCUGUCUGUCUGUCCCUCCAGAGUCCAUCAGGCAGUGGCAGCAGUGGCUCUGUGAGGAUAAGCAGCAGCAGACGGAAACAGAGAGUCAACAUCCCAGAGUCUCUGCCUCCACAUGGUCAAGAAGAGGAUCACUGGGAAGUGAGUUCAUUCAUUUAUCCAUUCAUCUGUCUUUACAUUGGCCUCUCAAUACUAUAUACCUCAUGUACUCUAGCUGCAAAAUAGGAUGUUUGUCUAGUAAAUCAUCCUCCCUCCAUACCUCUCCCCCUCCUCUCCUCCCCCUCACCAGACUGUGUGAUCUGAGGGAGGUCCACAGGGCUCAUGAGGCAGACCUGAGGAGGAUGGAGGUGGACAUGGACAGCUCUAGAACCUCUCUGGAGAACCUGGAGAGUGGUUCCGCCGACCGCCAACUGCGGUUCUACCGCGCCACCAACGCCUACGUUCAGAACCUGGUGGAAUGUCUGAGAGAGAAGGUCAGAUAACAGAGGGCUUCUGGGUAACAGGAAGAGUCUGUUGGGAUGCUCUGGUGUUUUAUAAGUCUUUAAAAUGACAAGAAGAAGGACCUUGAGAUAUAAUGAGCGAAAAUUGAGGAAAACUAAACUUCCGGAGGACCUAUCAUCCUUUCACUCCCUCUACCUUCUCUUCCUCUGUAUCUGCUGCUAAAGCCACUUUCUAUUACUCUAAAUUUCAAGCUUCUGCCUCUUUUCCACCUUCUCCUCCCUCCUCAAUCCUCCACCUCCUCCCUUUGUCAACCACUUUGAAAAGAAGGUUGACGACAUCCGCUCCUCAUUCAGUCAGCCUAUUGAGUCCACUGGUCCCACUCAAACAGAACUACCCUACACCUUGACCUCUUUUUUCCUCUCUCCAGAUGAAAUCCUUUGACUAGUGAGGUCCGGCCGCCCGACAACCUGCUCGCUCGACCCCAUCCCCUCCAGACCAUCUCUGGAGACCUUCCCUCAUCCCUGGCCACUGACUGCGUCCCCUAUGUCUUCAAAAUGGGCAGAGUUGCUCCCCCUCAAGAAAACAACACUCAACCCCUCUGACAUCAAACUACAGACCUGUAUCCCUUAUUUCUUUCUUUUCUGACAUCCACUUGGCAACACGCAUCUCUGCGUGCCUGGCAGACAGCUUAGCUUGGAUGUCGGCCCACCACCUCAAGCUCAACUUUGACAAGACAGAGCUGCUCUUCCUCCCGGGAAAGACCUGCUCCGAGACCGAUCCAUCAUGGUUGACAACUCCACGGUGUCCCCCUCCCGGAGUGCAAAUAACUUUGGAGUGACCUUGGACAACACCCUGUCGUUCUCUGCAAACAUCAAAGCAGUGAAUCGUUCAUGCUCUACAACAAUUCCAUAGAGUAUGACGCUACCUCACACGGGAAGCGGCGCAGGUCCUAGUCUAAGCACUUGUCAUCUCCCAUCUGGACUACUGCAAUUCGCUGUUGGCUGGGCUCCCUGCUUGUGCCAUCAAACCCCUGCAACUUAUCCAGAACGCUGCAGCCCGCCUGGUGUUCAACCUUCCCAAGUUCUCCCAUGUCAACCCGCUCCUCCGCACACUCCACUGACUUCCAGUCGAAGCUCUCGCAUCCACUACAAGACCAUGGUACUUGCCUACGGAUCAGCAAGAGGAACUGCCCCUCCCUACCUUCAGGCUAUGCUCAACCCGAGUACUCCUCUCUUUGUCCUCCCUCCCCCUCAGCCCAGUCAAAGCUAUUCUCUGUAUCUUAAAGAGUGUCUUAAAUAAUAAUAAUCCCCCCCCCCCCCCCCCCCCCCCCCCUUUUUGUGAACUAACACUCGCACUUGACUCUUUCCCCCCCUACUAGCACUGACUUUGCUGAUAGCUACUUUGAGGAAAAAUGUACUUACUCUGAGAUAAAUGGUUGUGUAUGCUAAAUGGCUAAAAUGUAAUAAUGUAAACCUUGUGGUAAUCAGACAAUGUUAUUGAGGUGUGGGGGGGGUCACAUUUUAAAUGAAAUAAACAAAUAUGGAUUGAUCAUCCCUAGAUUGUGGAGAUCAAUAGUGUGGAGGUGGACAUGCACACUCUGCUGUCUGAACAGGCGGAGGCUCUGUUGUCAAGGAGACGAGAGGCCGUACAACAGGAGUCAUCUCGCCUGCAGCAGCUCAGCUGUGAGUCAUUCUUUGUGUGUCUGUGUGCAUAUACUCUGAUUGUGUGGUCCCAGUCAGUGAAAAGGCGGAAUGUGAACUUUCUACCAUAGUUCACCUCCUCACACAGUUGAUCUGUUUAUUUUUUAUUAGCUGUAGUUGGGUGCAUUUAUAGACUAAUUCUCUCUCUAGAUGCCACUGAUCCACACUGUGAAGGAGAUUCAGGGGAAAGUGUGAAUGAAAAACAGAAUAAAAUGUGAGUGGGAAUAUUCCCUUUAGUACUUCCUGACACAUCACAUCGCUUUAGCUUUUAGAUUAAUUCCUUAAUUCCUCACUGCAUCCUGAUGUACUCUAUGAUAUGAUUGUCUCUCCAUCCAGUGAGCCAGGUGAGAAAGACUAUGGUAGCCUGCCGGCCGACAGCGAGCUUUCACCUAAGGAAGAGGCAGAACUGCAGAAGGGGAGAGGUGAGGAUUGUAGCUGUCCUGGGCGAGGACAAAUGUCCUCCACUUACCAAACGUGUUGGUGACACCUUGAUUUCAGCCCAGUAUUUUAUUUCCAAAUGGGUUUGUGUAAAGAAAAAUACAGAACACUUUUUUUAUCGAACAAUUUGCCAUUCUGUUCCUUACAGAGUUAGUUAGUGCUAGCUCUCUAAAGCACAGAAUUACAGACAGCGUUUUCCAUCAUGUCUAAUCCAGCGGAGAUCCUGAGCAGGUCCCAGGGGGUGUUCUGUGACGUGCAGGAGGACUUCUGGGAGGUGAAGAAGGUUCUGUCUCGCUUCGACGAGUGGAGAGGAGCCUUCUCCGAGUCCUACCACUCAGCCUACAUCAGCCUCUGUCUGCCCAAACUACUCAUCAGACACCAGCUCUUAGGCUGGAACCCCCUACAUGUAUGGUAUAUAUACACACACACACACAAACCUAACGCAAUGGUAAAUCUUAGCACUGGCAGUAACGCUAAUUGUAUUAACCAAAAUCAGUAAUGAAAAUUAGUACUGGAAGUCUGUGUUUUCAGGUUUAUAUCUGUUGACUGAGGGCUCAUUUGAAUUUCAAAUGUGUGUAAUUUGAGCGACUACCUCAUUGUCAUUUUCUCUCUGUGUAUCAGGCUGCAGGGGAGGACUUUGAUGCUCUGCCGUGGUGCUCUGCCGUGGAGACCGUCUGCCACGGACUGGGUUACCAGGAGGCAGAGCACACAGACCGGAAAACACUGCCUGCUAUCAUAGAGAAGACCCUGCUGCCCAAGAUACAAGGUCAACACAUAGACACACACACAACCUAUUGAUGUGUAUAUCACUCCCCUUUCAAAGUUGUCAUGGGUGUCCCUGUGAUUUUACUGAGGUGUGUCUCACUUUAAUGUGUCCUCCUCCCAGGUUUUGUGGAGUUAGUGUGGGACCCUCUGUCCAGCCGUCAGUCGGUGUGUCUGUCUGAGCUGUGUCGCAGGCUGCAGGACGACUACUCUCUGUUUGAGGGAGAGCAGAGCAAACCAGUCAAGGUAACAGUUAAAACUGCUUCCACAGUGCAGAGCCCGCACUCUAGCGGUAAUGCUCCCAGCCAGUCACAUUUACUACUCCCCAAAUGUAAAAAAUAUAUACUACUAAUAAAAAAUUGCGUCCACAGACAAUCCAACAUUCGGACCAUACUCUAUUCAUGGUUCUAGUCACAAAGAUUGCCAACCAGAAAGUUGACUGGCUGUAGUCACAAAAUGGGAGAACACCUUUUUGAAACCUAACUACUACCUGUGAGUGUGUCAGAAUUUAAAUAAGUCCUGUUCACUCUCUGUCCCUGUCCUGUCCCCUGCCAGGCUUUUGUAGAAGCAGUGAGUGGCAGAUUGGGGAGUUCAGUGGAUGAUGACAUCUUCAUUCCUCACUACCCUAAGAAGUGAGUGAAUUCACCAGUUAUCUCAACACUUAGAGGAUAUGUGAUUCUUUAAGUAGUUACUGGAAUUCAUGUGUUUAUACCAAGCUUGUCAUACCGUAGCUCACAGUACUUUACCAUAACUGCCUGGUGCUUUGGCAGGUUUUUAGACGACAAGUCUUCUCCACAGAGGAGGUCCGGAGACCAGCAGUUCUGGACAGCUAUGAAGGUACGUAACAACACUCAGUUUAAAGAUGAUUUUCAACGAUGCGUUUUCUAAGAGAGGGGUAUAGUGGACUGUAGUGAGUGACCAUGUGGCUCAGUUAGCCCAUUACCACUUCUACCAAUAAUCAAGUCCAGUCAAGAGAGAGUGCUUUCGUCACAGCUCCUUGUGUGCUGGCAUGUGCAGCUAUCCCCUGCCUUUACUGCGUGGUCUCUCUAGCCAUUUCUGUAACAUCCAAUGCAUUGCUUUAGUGGUGUUUCUAUCUUGUAUAUUAGCUCCUAGGUAACAUGGGCCAGUGGGAUGGUUUGAUACCUGAACACGCUCUAAAGGAGCUGAUGUUGGACAAACUCCUGAACCGCUACCUUAUGACGACGCUACUCAACGAGACCCAAUCUCAGGACUCUGUCAAUAAAUGUAAAAAGGUGUGUAGGUGAAUUGCAUGUGUCUAAUGUUAAUGUAUUGUCUAUGGGGGUUUCAAGGUGUUUGCUAGGGGAAUAAUUGCUCUGCUGUCUUCAAUAUGGCUCAGUUUAGUGGUGUCAUCUUCAAGUUUUUCUCAAAUUAACUGAGAUUUAUCUCUCUCUCUCAUCUUUCUCGCUGAGCAGGUUGCGGCGUGUUUUCCUCAGUCCUGGUUUAAAGACGUGAGCUCCUGUCCCUCUCAGCUGAAGUCCUUCAGUGAUCACCUCCUCCAGGCUGCCCAUUCAGUCUACAAACAGCAGCCUGACCACCCCAACACACGGUAGCACUGCCUACCUACCUCAAAUAUACUUUUACGAUAGGUAUAAUCAUGUGACAUGGUCAGGAUAGUGUUUUGAUGUUAAUGUAUGUAAUGUGGUUUCUAUUUCCUGUAGGGCCGUGGUGAGCGAUGUGCUGACUGUUCUGGGAAGCAUCAAGGCCUGGGACAAGGUGUCGACGAUAUCAGACAAAUACCUGUCCUAGUGUGGCCUAUUGUGUCAACCAUACAUCAUGUCAUAUU